GAGGCGCCUUGCGAAGAACAUCCAAACAAACAUAACCUCAAAAAACCAAUAAAAAUAAAUCAAAAGAGGAUUUCAAGAGUUGCGAAAACGUCUAAAAAUUCGCAUAAAUAAUGGCAAAUAGAACAGUGAAAGACGCAAAGAAUGUUCAUGGGACUAAUCCGCAGUAUUUGGUGGAGAAAAUCAUCAGAUCCCGCAUCUAUGACUCAAAAUACUGGAAGGAGCAAUGUUUUGCCCUCACAGCGGAAUUGCUCGUGGAUAAAGCAAUGGAAUUGCGUUUUAUCGGUGGAGUAUUUGGGGGAAAUAUAAAACCCACCCCAUUUCUCUGCUUGAUCCUGAAGAUGCUGCAAAUUCAACCGGAAAAGGACAUCAUUGUGGAGUUCAUAAAGAAUGAGGAAUUUAAAUAUGUAAGGGCUCUUGGGGCUUUCUAUUUGCGUCUUACAGGAUCCGCAAUUGAUUGCUACAAAUACCUGGAGCCCCUCUACAAUGACAAUCGUAAGCUGAGACGCCAGAAUAGGCAGUCAAACUUUGAGAUUGUUCAUGUGGAUGAGUUUAUUGAUGAAUUGCUGCGAAAUGAUCGUGUUUGCGACAUAAUCCUGCCGAGAAUACAGAAACGCCAUAUUUUGGAGGAGAACAAUGAGUUGGAGCCCAAAGUUUCAGCGUUGGAUGAUGAUCUGGAUGAGGAGCUGCCGAGCGAUGAGGAGGCUGCGGAAAAGGGAACUGUUGACCGGAAGCCAAAGUCUGAGCGUGUCAAGAGGAGAUCUCGCAGUCGUUCGCAUUCACCGGAGCGCAAGGAGAGGCGUCCUGAACGGAAACGUGAGGAUAAAAUGCGCGAGAAGGAGCGCGAAUGGGAUAGACGGGAAAGGGAUAUGCGUGAGAGGGAUCGGGAACGUCGGAUACGCCAUGAGAGGAUGGAUGAUCGUGACAGGGAUCGUCGGCGAGAUUACUACAAAGAGAGAGAUCCACGUGAACGCCGGAGGUAUUAAGCGAGGCAAGUUUAUAUUAAAAAUUUCACAUCUUAAA